GCUUCGACUUGAGUGUGUUUCGAACUUGCUUGAUAAUUGAUGGAAAUGGUCCUUUUUCUGUGAAAUUAGUUGUCAAAAAAUCGGCCCAGGGAUGAAAAUAAUUCAAAAUCAGUUUGAGUGAUUAUUACUUGACUGAUUUGUUGCAAAAUAGUCAAGUUACGUUCAGUAAUUAGGAUUUAUUUGUGGAAUAACUUUUGACGGUGGUAAUCGAACUGCCGGCUGACGGAAGACGGUUGCGGUAACAUAACCUGAAAAUAUCGUUCAAGCUGCCGAAGCAAGGGAAGUGACAAUGGUACCACUAGGUCCUUCUCCAGGACAUCAAACAGCUGUCGGUAAUUCAACUAAUGCCCCAAGUGGCACAAAGGGCAGCUCCGCUCUAAAACCGAAUUACACGUUAAAAUAUACACUUACUGGGCAUACUAAGGCGGUGUCGUCGGUUAAAUUCAGUCCCAAUGGAGAAUGGUUGGCUAGUUCCUCGGCUGACAAGAUAAUAAAGAUCUGGGGAUCAUAUGAUGGCAAAUAUGAAAAAACUAUAUCAGGCCAUAAGUUAGGUAUUUCUGAUGUCGCAUGGUCCAGUGACAGCAGGUUAUUAAUAUCCGCAUCAGAUGACAAAACCUUAAAAAUAUGGGAACUUAGUUCUGGUAAAUGUUUAAAAACUUUGAAAGGUCACAGUAAUUACGUAUUCUGUUGCAACUUUAACCCUCAGUCGAAUCUCAUUGUAUCUGGUUCUUUUGACGAGAGCGUUCGAAUUUGGGAUGUCAGAACUGGAAAGUGCUUAAAGACUUUGCCAGCUCACUCGGAUCCUGUAAGUGCUGUUCACUUUAAUAGAGAUGGAUCUCUCAUAGUUUCCAGUAGUUAUGACGGUUUAUGUCGAAUUUGGGACACAGCUUCAGGGCAGUGCCUGAAAACUUUAAUAGAUGACGAUAAUCCUCCUGUGUCGUUUGUCAAGUUCUCUCCUAAUGGCAAAUAUAUCUUAGCUGCAACAUUAGAUAACACUUUGAAGCUUUGGGAUUAUAGCAAAGGAAAGUGUCUGAAAACAUAUACAGGUCAUCGCAAUGAAAAAUAUUGUAUAUUUGCCAACUUUUCAGUGACUGGUGGAAAAUGGAUUGUAUCCGGUUCUGAAGAUAAUAUGGUUUAUAUCUGGAAUUUACAAACGAAGGAAAUUGUUCAGAAAUUACAAGGACACACAGAUGUAGUACUCUGUACAACUUGUCACCCCACGGAUAAUAUUAUUGCUUCAGCUGCUUUAGAAAAUGACACAAGUAUAAAAUUAUGGAAAAGUGACACAUAAAUUAGCUCAAUAAUUUGAGAUUCUUUCACUUUGUUGUACAAACGAUACCUCUACCUUGCAAAAAAACGUCGGUUAUAAAAUGUAAAAUGAAUUUAUUUUCGUAAGCACCGAAAUACAUUCGCUAUCUUUCUGUAGAUAUAAACUUGGCCAAUAGGUAUUGAAUACCUACGUGUGAUUUACAGAGUUCACCGCAUGUAUGGAAAUUUAGAUUGCAAUAAUGGAUACUAUGGUAUCGUGAUUAACAACUAUACAAGAAUAAUCGAAGUCAUAUAAGAAUUGACUGUCAUUUUUAUAGCUGCUUAUAGAAUCAAAUUCGUUGAUACUGAAAGAAAAGCCAGAUUGUAAUUUAUUUUGAUACGUAAUUUGAGAUUUAUUUUCUUUAAUAUUGUUACUAAAAGAUGGCUUAUUUUGCAUUGAAAUCUUUACAAAAAGUUCUAUAUAUCUCAACUUUUAACUGUUUAGAUCAAAUAAAAACUAUGAUGUCUCAUACAGCGUGUCAACUAUGUCAUCUUGAUAGAUUUCGAAAUUACAGUAUUACAGUACUAAAAACAGUAUUUCGAAACUAGUAAAGUCAUAAGAAAGGCAUAUCAGAAAAAUAGGUGUAUAACAAACAAAAAUGAGCAAGUGUUUGCCAUUAAAUUUAAAUGAGUUUACGAAAUUUUAAUUUUUAGUACGAGGAUUGUAGGGCAAAAGUCUUAAUUUACUUGUUGACAUUUUUCAAGUAUUACCAUUAGUAUUCCAAUGUAUUUAAACGACAACCGUGCGUUUUUUAUUUGCUAAUACGAGGUAAAUGCGAAGUUUUAAUCGCUUGCAAAAUAUUUUUGAUACGUUUGAAACCGAGCCCAUACAAGACUGCAGAAACAAUACCACGACAUGAACCUAAUGUAUGUAUUGAAACUGAAAUAGUAAUUAAUUUUUGAUCGAGUGGCAAUGCAUUUACAAUUUUGCCCUACCACGUGGAAUUUGUAUGCUCUCUUCUCAACGUCUACCGCAGUUCUGAAGAAAAUAAAAUUUUAAAAAUCUGCA